AUGUUCGACAAACUCGAGGAGGAGCUGCAAUACUUGUGCACCGCCGCACUCACGGUGUGCGCAGUCUUUGCACCGAUGCAUGUGUACAGAGGGUUUGGCGCGUGUGUGUUUGGUGACUGGCAUUGGGGCUGUCCUGACUUCGAGUAUCUCGAAAAGAAAGCAAAGAAGGACACGAGUGUCUUCGCCAAGAUGCCAGAUCCACAGCCAAACCGCCCCGUUCUACUCGCCUUCGAUCGUGCGAUUCAAGUGCUGCAAGUCAAGAGCAUUGCGUUCCUCAAGCACAGGCCAUCUAUCUCUGGCUUCUCGGACUGGCAACCCAGGUUUAAACCUCGACCGAAGAAGGAAGUCAGCGACGACAUGUCUCUUUGCAAAGAUUGGGCCAAGCAGCUGGAGAAGCGAGGGCAUCCAUCCCCGCCGGGGAUGAAAGUCUCUAGUUGGGGUUUACCUUGGGCAGGCUGGCUCAGUGACUUCAACUGCCGCUUCACAAAAGAUUGGGAAGAAGUCAUGCUCAUUCAAAUGGACCCAGGUCGACUGCUUCACGCCUUUUUGUGUCGUGGUAGCUUGAACUUGCACGACGGUCAAAUGCUGGCUUUGCCACCUGGGACGAGUGCCGAGUCAUUGGCAUGCUGGUUGGCAGGCCGCCCAGCCAUGACACACAAAAUUAUCAGGUGGGAAUGCUUCCAAACCUCAGAGUUCGAGAAGAAAGUGGGCAAGAAAAUGGCAGCCAGGCUAGGGCGACAUCCACUUCCGAGCAACUUCGUUAUACGCAAUCCGAACGUGUCAGCUUCCACUACGAUAUCGCCACGAAAGUCGACACCGUCUCUUUCCACAGCGAAAGCCCCGCCACCGUACUCGCCAAGUCUAGACGAGGAGCGGUCACUGUCACCAACAUCGACACGCCAAUCUGUUGUGGAGAUCGGCAACUCGGAUCCCGCUGAGCUGGAAUCUAACGAAAGGCCCUCAGCGACUGCGGACGGAAUAGCUACAGGAGAAGCCUUGCAAAAGUCCAUGACGAGUUUUCGGAGGAAGCCAGCGCCCGCAACUGCUGCUCGACAUGCUUCUGCGCCAGCGCUUACAGUUGGGCUUUCCAAGGAUCGGGAAAAGAACAUGGACGUCACUGCUGAUACCGAGCCCGUGCAAGAACCUCCGAGUAGACCACCAAAGGAGCCUAUCAGUCACUCUGCGGAGCUUUCUGCAAGCUCACCAGUAGUCUACUCUUCAGACGAUACACCAGGCAAAUCUGCAAAAAUCACUAGCAAGCCAGAUGCACACUACCUCGAGCUCUUGAACGCCGUCGCCAGAGGAGAAAUCAGUCGACAGAAACUGCAAGAUAUUCUGGAGAGCGGAGACCCCAUGACAUACAUCACGGCAGAACCGCAGGAACUGUCUAAUGAUCCACCACCGCCAAAGCUGAUGGGCGUUCCAAUCCCUCUCGGAGAAAUCAAGCCCAAAGCUAAUGCACAUUCAGGAGAGCAAAGCGUUCCCACCGUUCUCCGACCUGGUUCAAGCCUUUAG